AAUGGUCUCCAGCUGCCGAAGACGGUUGUGGAUGCCAAGAGAAAGGUAGCCAUUUUCCGUCCCCUUGAGUGGAAUUGUAUGCCUCUAGGAGCCCAUAGUGGCUAGCAGUAGACAUGGCCGAAUUUACAAGCUACAAGGAAACGGCCUCUAGCCGCCACCUGCGGUUUAAGUUACAGAGUCUGAGCCGGCGCCUUGAUGAGUUGGAGGAAGCCACAAAAAACCUCCAGAAAGCAGAAGAUGAGCUCCUGGAUCUACAGGACAAAGUGAUUCAGGCUGAAGGCAGCAACUCCAGCAUGCUGGCUGAGAUCGAGGUGCUCCGCCAGCGAGUGCUGAGAAUUGAGGGCAAAGAUGAAGAGAUCAAGAGAGCGGAGGACCUGUGCCAGCUGAUGAAGGAGAAACUCGAAGAGGAGGAAAACCUCACCCGGGAGCUGAAAUCGGAGAUUGAGCGGCUCCAGAAACGAAUGGCCGAACUGGAGAAGCUAGAGGAGGCCUUCAGCAGGAGUAAGAAUGACUGCACCCAGCUUUGUUUGAGCCUGAAUGAGGAGCGAAACCUGACCAAGAAAAUCUCCUCAGAGCUGGAAAUGCUCAGGGUCAAAGUGAAAGAACUGGAAUCCUCCGAGGACCGCCUGGAUAAAACUGAGCAGAGUUUGGUGUCAGAGUUAGAAAGGCUGAAAUCAUUAACUCUGAGCUUCGUAAGUGAGAGAAAAUACUUGAAUGAAAAGGAAAAAGAAAAUGAGAAAUUAAUAAAGGAGCUCACUCAGAAACUGGAGCAGAACAAAAAAAUGAGCCGAGAUUAUACAAGGAAUGCUUCUAAUGACCUACGGAUUGAAGAUGGUAUCUCUUCCACACUGCCGUCCAAGGAGUCAAGAAGAAAGGGAUCUCUGGACUACCUGAAGCAGGUAGAGAAUGAAACACGGAACAAAUCGGAAAAUGAGAAAAACCGAAAUCAGGAAGACAACAAAGUCAAAGACCUGAACCAAGAGAUUGAGAAACUUAAGACACAGAUCAAACAUUUUGAAUCUUUGGAAGAAGAACUUAAGAAAAUGAGGGCCAAAAACAAUGAUCUUCAGGAUAAUUACCUAAGUGAACAAAAUAAAAACAAACUCUUAGCCAGCCAGCUGGAGGAGAUAAAGCUACAGAUCAAGAAACAGAAAGAGUUGGAAAAUGGGGAGGUAGACGCGGAAGACGCUUACCUACCCAGCAAGGGCAGGCAGGAGAGGACUAAGUUUCGAGGCCAUGGCAAUGAGGCACCUGUGUCUAAGCACACGUCCCGAGAACUGUCUCCUCAGCAUAAGCGGGAAAGGCACCGGAACAGAGAGUUUGCACUCAAUAAUGAAAACUAUUCUCUGAGCAACAGACAGAUGUCCUCUCCCAGUUUUGCCAAUAGGAGGGCAGCCAAAGCUUCCAACACAGCCGCGACAGGUACAGACUGUGGGACUCAGGAGACAAAAAGAAAUGAAGACCGAUUUGCAUCUGGCUCCUCUCAAAGCGAAGGGAAAAAAUCCAGGGAGCAGCCAUCCGUUCUGAGCCGCUACCCCCCAGCUGCCCAGGAGCACAAUAAAGUUUGGAAGGGAAAUCCCAAGCCAGGCACUGAGAGUGGAUUGAAGGGAAAAGUAGAGAAGACAACAAAAACAUUCAGUGAUACCACCCAUGGAUCUGUUGCCAAUGACACAGUGGGUAGAGCUGACAAGGCUUCUGACAUCUCCUCUGAGGCCCUCUUUGGCAAGAGAGGGCAGGUGGUUGGCAGUGGAAGUCAAGCAACGCAGGCUGUAGACGCUGGUGGGUCAAAGGCCAUUGCAGCUCUGGCCUCACCACGAAGAUCCUCCUUAGAAGGGCUCUCUAAGGGCAAAAAGUCUGCCGGCAGCCAGGAGGCUGAUCCCAGUUCCUCCAACUCCAAGGCUCCUGUUUUAUCGAAGUAUCCUUACAGCUCCAGAAGUCAGGAGAACAUCCUUCAGGGCUUCUCAACCCUGAGUAAAGAAGGAGUUGAUCAAUCCGUAGCAGUUGUGACAGAAGAUAGCAGUCAGCAUGAAGCCCUCAGGUGUCGAGUGAUCAAAUCCAGUGGCAGAGAGAAACCAGACUCAGAUGAUGACUUGGACAUGGCAUCUCUUGUUACUGCCAAAUUGGUAAACACAACCAUCACUCCAGAGCCAGAGCCCAGACAGCACCACUUUAGAGAAAAGGCUAAAUCCCGAGGAGGCCUCAGAACCUCCCUGUUUGAGAAUGAUAAAGAUGCUGGGACAGAAGGUGACUCUGUGAAAUCUGUCAGAGCCUCCCCUGGUGCCAUGGACCCCCCUGAUGCCAGUGGUGCUGGGAUGAAGGGCCAAAGGCCCUUCAGCCCCAGGGAGGCUUUGCGGUCCAGAGCCGUCAUCAAGCCCGUCAUCAUUGAUAAGGAUGUGAAAAAAAUCAUGGGAGGGUCCGGAACUGAUGCUGCACUGGAGAAGCAGAAAUCCACCUCCAGAGCAGGGCCAAACAAAGUGACCAGCAGCAUCACUAUCUACCCCUCCGACAGCAGCAGCCCCAGAGCCCCUCCAGGUGAGGCCGUGAGGGAGAGGCACACAGCCACCAGCAACAUCCAGGUUGGCCCGCCAGACCUCACGUCAGUCAGCAACCAUGUCAGCUCCCCCUUUGAGCUCUCCAUUCACAAACAUGACAUCAGCCGGCAGCUCACAGAGACCGAAAGAACGGGAGAAGGGCCCCUGAAGAGCAGGCCAGAAACAGUGGUGUCUCGGAGUAGCAUUAUCAUCAAGCCGUCAGAUCCUGUGGAGAGGAAUAGCCAUGCACCCCCCGCGGAGACAAUCAGGUGGAAAAGCCAUAACGCCCCUUUGGAAGCAGGCUCCACAGAUACCAGACACGUUACUGUGCGGAAUGCCUGGAAGAGUAGGCGAGACUUGAACUCUUUAGAUGACCCCCCGACUCGGAGAGGCAGAAAUGUGGAUUUGACCAAUGCCUACACCCAGAGGUCUUCCACGGACUUCUCAGAACUUGAACAGCCCAAGUCAUACCUUUUUGAGCAGGGCACUCGCAGGGUGGGAAACCCAGGGGAUGGCCCUGAGCUUUCCUCCAGAAGGACCCAGAGUAGCCUCACCGUGUCUGAGGUGCUUACCCGCCGGAAUCGGGCAGGAGACGCUGUCACGACGGCAGCCUGGAACCACUCGGUGGCCCUGGAAGAGGACAGUGAAGACCGUACACUCAGUGUCUACAGGCGACUGCACAACUCCCUGGAACGGUCUGAAUUGCCUGGGAAGCAGGGACUGCCAGAGCCUGGGCGGGUACGGGCCGAAGACCGGUUACGGCCACCCAGGCCCUGCACCGAGGAAAACUGA